GCCACCUUUCGCCGUCCAUCCACCGCGAAAAGUCUCCUCCCCUAGGCCUGCGAGCCCCCCCACGCUUUGAAAACCCGAAACGCUUGUUCAACUCCCAGCACCGAAACCGCCCACCAAACUUCCGCCGCCCCCGCAUGGCCGGCGAUCGCCGGGGCGGCGUCUGAGAGGGGCGCCCCGCGGUCGGAGGAGGAGGUGGGGGGGGGGGGGGGCGGGCGAUCGAGAUGAGGGAGCUGGCCGGCAGCCCCGGGACGUGGAGCGGCCUCUCGCUGCGGGUGGGCCAGCUCGUCUUCGCCGCCGCGUCCGUCUGCGCGACGGCCUCCGCCCUCGGCUUCGCCGCCUACACCGCCUUCUGCUACUUGAUUGCAUCGAUGGGACUUCAAGCGCUCUGGAGCUUGGGACUCGCCUGCCUUGAUUGCUAUGCCUUGAAAUUCAAGAAAGAUCUCCAGAGUGCUGUUCUUGUGAGCUUAUUUGUUGUCGGCGAUUGGGUAACCGCAAUCCUAUCGUUCGCUGCGGCAUGCUCAGCAGCAGGCGUAGUUGUUCUCUUUGAUAGGGACAUAUACGCUUGCAGAAGGGAUCCCCAACUCCCUUGUGGGAGAUUUGAACUUGCCACAGCAUGUGCUUUUCUUUCUUGGGCGUUUAGUGCCACAUCUGCCCUCGUAAUGUUUUGGCUCCUGGCAUCAUUGUGAGUAAAUUUGUACAACCUUUGUCUGUAGUUCCCCUUUGGUUAAUCCCAUCUCUGUAUACAAGCUAAGUUUUCAAGAAGACAACACAAGUUACACAACAGGAGUUCUGAAAAAACUCAGACAUACAAGCUCCAUGGAUUCUGUUUCUGAGAAAAUAGUUGAAGUUGAAUGGAAGGUCAGCAUGAAAUUUUGUGUUCCA